AUGUGUAUACCAUCAUAUGGAGAAAAUUAUUUGUUUAAAAAAACUCUUCAUUAUGAUAAUAAUAAUUUAACAUUAAAUAAUAAUAAUAAUAAUAAUAAUAAUACCGGUGAAAUAAACCAGCACCAUUUACCAAAAGCAAUUAUCAUUGGUGUUAAAAAAUGUGGAACACGAGCAUUAUUAAAAUUUAUAUCAGCACAUCCGGAUGUUGCAGCAUCAUUGAACGAAGUACAUUUUUUCGAUCAAAAUUAUCAUAAUGGUUUAGAUUGGUACAGAAAUCAAAUGCCAUUGUCUUCUCCUCAUCAGAUUACAAUGGAAAAAACGCCUCAAUAUUUUAUUAAUAAUCGUAGUGUCUAUCGUAUUGCAAAAACAUUUUCAAAUAUUGACUUAAAAUUAAUUAUUAUUAUUCGUAAUCCAAUUAUUCGUGCCAUAUCUGAUUAUGUACAAUUAACAACAAAACGAAAAUCAAAUUUAACAUUUGAAGAUUAUGUAUUCAUUAAAAAUUCGACAAUAGUUAAUGAACAAUGGACACCAUUAAAAAUUGGUUGUUAUUCUCGUUAUUUAAUAAAAUGGUUAAAAUAUUUUUCAUUAAAUCAAAUACAUUUUGUUGAUGGUGAAAAUUUAAUAAAACGACCAUGGGAAGAAUUAUUACGUGUUCAACAAUUUUUAAAUUUAACAAUACAUAUUCAACGAAAACAUUUUUAUUUUAAUCGUUAUAAAAGAUCAUUUCCAUGUAUCAAAGAUCAUUUUCAUCCAACAAAAAAUGGCUGUCUUGGAUCAUCGAAAGGACGAAAACAUCCAAAAAUAAGAGAUGAGACAAGAAUAGUAUUAGAAAAUUAUUAUAAAACAUGUAAUAAUCGUUUAAAACAAAUUGCUAAAAUAAAUUUUCCAUGGCUUUAA